UCCGCGCUGGCCGGCUCGUGGCAGCUCGCUAUCCCCGCCUGCAGGGCUUCAUCUCCCGGGGCAGAGGAAGGCGCUGGCCGGGCGGCGCUCUGAAUGUUCGCCGCUACCGCGCCUCCCUUGAUCCGGAUCCGGAACUGAGAUUUGGUGACAUCAGGACUAAAAUCCAUUUCUUUGACAACAGAGACUGCUUUGGCAGGGGUAAUGAAAAGUGCAAUGGAGGGUGACUGCAGGAGAAGCAAUCAGAACAGGCCCGCGGGGGACCUGGUGCCCGCGGGCACCGCGUUGGUGACCCCUGUUCUAGACUAUUGUUCUCUGCAGUUUCCAGAGGACCACGGAGAUGCUGAUGAAAGCUCAGAGAAAACCCUCAGCAAGUCUUCCAAAUCCCCCCAGAAGAGCAACAAGAGGCCCAAGACAAUACCUGUCAAAGUCACUCUGCUUGACGGCUCAGACUACGAGACCGCAGUCGAGAAAUUUGCCAAGGGCCAAACGCUGCUGGACAUGGUGUGUGGCCAUCUGAACCUGCUGGAAAGGGACUACUUUGGCCUGACAUUCCAGGACCCCGACAUCACCAAGAGUUGGUUGGAUCCUUCCAAGGAGAUUAAAAAGCAAAUUCGUGUUGGCUCCUGGAUUUUGGGAUUCUCUGUUAAAUUCUACCCUCCCGACCCAUCUGUGCUCAUUGAAGACAUCACCAGGUACUACCUGUGCCUGCAGUUGAGGGAUGACAUCCUAUCCGGGCGUCUGCCCUGUUCUUUUGUUACCCACGCCCUUUUGGGCUCCUACACGGUUCAGGCUGAACUGGGAGACUACGAGCCAGAGGAUCAUGGGCCGGAUUACGUCGCUGACUUCCGCUUUGCCCCUAACCAGACACGAGAGCUAGAGGAGAGGGUGAUGGAGCUGCAUCAUAACUAUAAGGGAAUGAGUCCAGCAGAAGCAGAAGUGAACUUUCUAGAAAAUGCCAAGAAGCUUUCAAUGUAUGGGGUGGACCUACAUCAUGCAAAGGAUUCAGAGGGAAUUGACAUAAUGCUCGGCGUGAGUGCCAAUGGUCUGCUCAUUUAUCGAGACCGCCUACGGAUCAACCGCUUCGCUUGGCCAAAGAUCCUCAAGAUCUCUUAUAAGAGGAGCAACUUCUACAUUAAGAUCCGCCCUGGAGAGUAUGAACAGUUUGAGAGCACCAUUGGCUUCAAGUUGCCCAACCAUCGGGCCUCGAAGCGAUUGUGGAAGGUUUGCAUUGAGCACCACACCUUCUUCAGGUUGGUUUCUCCAGAGCCACCUCCAAAGGGCUUUUUGGUGAUUGGUUCCAAGUUCCGCUACAGUGGAAGAACUCAAGCUCAAACCAGACAGGCCAGCGCUCUGAUUGACAGGCCUGCACCUCAGUUUGAUCGCUCAGUUAGCAAGAGAUACCUCCUGUCCCAAAGUAUUGAUGGGGCUUCAGCUUUAGGUAACAGUAUGGACCAGUUGUCUCAGCGAAGCUUGAGCGAGCGCACACAGUUUAUGUCCAGAGAAGACCUCGACCAAGAAGGCAGCCUGGACCUAGACCAUGAUCAUUAUGACUAUCCAGACCAGGACCAAGACCAGGAUCUUGACAUCGACCAAGACUUCGACCUGUACCAGGGUCCAGAUAACUUUCGGGGUGCCGGCUUCUCAACAUCUGCUAAGACUUUGGAACUCAAGGCUGAGGACGCAGUCUCGCCUGUAGAUUCGAAACCAGAGAUGGACAAGGACCUGGCCACGGCUCGGCCCAAACAGGAGCAGUUUUUGGACAAGCCUGAAGAUGUUCUACAGAAGCACCAGGCCAGCAUCAACGAGCUAAAAAGGGCUUUGAGACAGCCCAAUAGCAAGGUGACCCAGAGGGAUAAACGCAUCUGCUCGGCAACUUCUCCUGGAGGAACACUGGAGCGGAAAACAGAGACCCCUCCCACGCCAGCCAUUCAUGAAGAACCUCUCAGUGAUUCCUCGCGGGAGCUUUGGGAGAGACGCCUGGGCUCAACCUCAGAGGACGACCAAGACCACGACAUCUCGUACCUAAAGGAAACCCACCUCGGCAUCGAGCGCAAAUGUUCCAGCAUCACAGUCAGCUCCACGUCCAGCCUGGAGGCCGAGGUGGACUUCACCGUCCUCACAGACCUGCACACGGGAAUGGAGGAGUUCUCCCGAGGGAUGUCAGAGCUGGGCGAGCGGGACCUGUCGCCUGACGGGGGUCUGCGCUUCGGGAUUGACUUCCUCCAGCAGCAAGGCCCCUCGGAGUUACCACUGCCUCCUUUGGUGUCCGCCCAUCCUUUGUCCAAAGCGGUGAGCAGCAGUCCUCCAGCCAAGCACAUCCAGACUGAAGAAGUGCGGACAGAAGCCAAAAGGCCUGAUGUGCAGCCUGUAGUGCCUAAGAAGCCAAAGAGGUCAGUACCGGUGUCUUCUUCAGUGGACAGGGAGCCAUCACACUGCCGGGUCCCCAGCGCCGCACCUCUGAGUCGGGAAGCCAGUGAUGUCAUGGCCUCAGCCACCGUCAAGAAAACCGACAUUCGGACGGAGACCCAGCCCAAUGGGUCAGAGGUCACGACAACGAUAGUGGAGUUCGCAGAUCAGGAUCACGGUAUCACAAGUCUGAGCGACAUGUCUUACUCUACGAGACAGAGUGUCUCCCCUGUGCAUAUAGGCAGUCUUGCAAGAGAGGCGUCAGGGUCGCCCAUCCUCGUCAAUGAAAACGUUACCUCCGCAACCACACAGGUCACCAAGACGGUGAAAGGAGGCUACUCAGAGACCAGAAUUGAGAAGAGGAUCAUCAUCACAGGAGAUGAUGAUGUGGACCAGGAACAGGCUCUGGCCAUCGCAAUCCAAGAGGCCAGGCAGCAGCAUCCAGACAUGCAGGUGACCAAGGCCGUAGUUGUCAGGGAAACAGAAUCAUCCGUUGAGGAGCAACCCACAUCAGGGUCGUGACUCCCCCAGACGAGAGGCGGCCAAGACGGGGACUCAUCAUCACCAACUGACAAUGGAAACGGGACUUCCCUUUCUAAAAUCCACUUUCUUAUAUUUGAUUUCAACCUCACUGAAACCAUGUGUUUGAUGCAGAAUGUUUUGGGAGUGGAUGCUGCAAAAAAAAAAAAAACUUUCCUCAACACAAACAAUGUGUGUUUGUGCUACAUUGGAACAUAAUUUCAUGCAUUUUUUUUAAUUUUUUUUUUUAUCCAAAAGUGCCACGGUGGCAGUGUCAAAAAAAAAAGGAAAAAAAAAGGAUGACUUGAUGGUGUUGUAGAGUAGAAUGUGUGUGAUAACCUGUUCUAUAAUUGCACUGACUGAUGAUGACAGUAGACUUGAAUAGAAAAGAACAACAGCGCCCUCUGGUGGUGAGUAUAAUGUCAAACGCUGCAGUAGUUUGUCAUCAUGCAUCCCCUCCUAUAAGUGUCUCAUAUUUUUGAGUGUAAAUGUACAUGUAUGAAUGUGCAACAUGAUGGAUUGUACAUUUCAACUAAUUAAGCCUUCUUUUUGCUUCCUGAACCGGCUAAUACACUUCCUGUGCUAAGUGCGUUAAUGUGUUGCACAUUCAAAACUCCCUUUCCCCGGCCUAAAUAAUGCAACUGCAUAUUUGUGUAGUAAAAGUAGAAUAAUGUGUGUUCCGAAUCAUGUGUGCAUGACAAUUCCUUUCGUCGACGUCGAGUAGGAUGGAUUUAAGUCGAAUGAGAAUGAUCAUUCAUGGAUUGCAGUGUAAUUAAACAACAAAGCCCUUUCUAAUCAAAACAGAGGAAAUUAAGCUUCCUGACAGGAAAUGAAAGGCGCUCACCAAAAUAAAGAGAGGAAAUAUGACUUAGCCAGUGUACUUAAUGUAGUUAAUCCUAAUACCCACUGAUGAUGCUUCCCACCACCCUGUUUGUUUUUACAAUCAACAUGUUUGAAAAAAAAAACCACACAUUUCUUUCCCCACUGCAGAUUUUUUUAAUCCUUUCUGUUUAUUUCAUUUUAGCCUAUUUCUCCGCCAAGUGCAGUAUUCUACUUUUGAUUUUAACACCCUCGUUGGCUGAUUUUUGUAAAGUCAAUAUUUUAAGCACUGAAGUGCCCCGGGUGUCCAAAAAACUUGGAACGAGUGUCAUGAAUGUGGUCUUAUUACGUGCGAACAAAUGUUUACGGAGGUAUUAAACAUUUACACGUGUAGUGUAACUCUGUUGUGUUCCAUAAGAAUGAUGGGGAGAAUGAAACAAUGCAUACCUUGUAGCUACUAUACUGUAGAUUUGGUGCAAAGACGUGAGGCCGUGGUCCUGAUGAACCAAGAUGGGGGGCGUCCAUCCGUCACCUACAAGGCAGAAAGCUUUGCGUCACCAACACAGCACCGUUUUUACUUUUCCAGCCAUGCCCACAAUAACUGAAACCAUCCCUCCAUCUUCCUGUGGACAACACAGAAAAUAGUGCUGACCGAGGCUGACGUGCCACCAAAGUGCUGGGAACUAUUGGACUUUGGGCGCCACUGCUGACCCCUCAUAACUUGACCCCGGAACCAGGUUCUAAUAGUUUCCCUCCCGCACUGCUUCUCUCCGUCGCUUCGUGCUCGUGUCUUUGCUGUACAUUGUACUUGCAUUCCAUUCAAAUGAAUAAAAAACAAAACAAGAUAAGAGAUGACAUGCGUUUGUCUAACUAAUAC